CUUGUUGUCUUUCAAAUCUAAAUAAGAGAGAGAGAGAGAAAGAGAAUUAAAUUUAAAUUAAUAAACAAGAAUUGGAAGUCAAUUGAUUGUUAUUAAAGUGAAUUUACAUCUAUAAAUAGUGUAAACAAUUAAAAGGUGAGAGGAAAAUAUGAGAAAUUUAAUUACCUUGAGUAAUUAUUUAUUCCGUCGGCAUUGUAACAAUAACAUUGGAAAAUACAAUCAACACUAUCACAGUUUAGUUAAUUUGGAUGUUAACAAAUCAAGUAGAUUUAAUGUUCACAAGUUGGUUACCAAAGAUUCAGAAGCUUUAAAUUGGUUGCAUAGGAAACGGUUGGUUCAGUUGUCGUUUUGUCUCAAACAAAGAAACAUGAGUGAGGAAGUGAAAAAAGCUCAACAAUCAUCGGCCGAUAAUCAAGAAGAUACAAUUUUCGGUAAGAUACUGAGGAAAGAAAUACCAACUAAUUUCAUCUAUGAAGAUGAUCAGUGUGUAGCUUUCAAUGAUAUUAGUCCUUGUGGACCUAAACAUUUUCUGGUUAUUCCUAAAAAGAGAAUCAGUCAAUUGUCUAAAUCAGAGGAUGAAGAUGAACAACUUCUUGGUCAUCUGUUGAUUGUUGCUCGGAAAGUUGCUAAGCAAGAAGGUUUGGAAAAAGGUUUCCGAAUUGUAAUCAAUGAUGGUGUUGAGGGAGCUCAAUCGGUUUACCAUCUUCAUGUCCAUGUUAUUGGUGGAAGGCAAAUGUCAUGGCCUCCUGGUUAAUUAACUUGAAUCUACUCAAUCUAUCUUUCUUAAAUUGUCUUCACUUAUCCAGGAUCAAUUUAAACAUCUCCAACAAUUUAAUCCAUCCUAACAAUUAAAGAAUUGAUUUCAUCUUCAGUAAACUCAA